AUAGGGAAGUUCGCAGAGCGCAGUUGUUCCUCAUCCAGUCCGGUGCGGCGUCUGCGAAAUACAGUGAGCGCGAUCUGAGAGAGAAGGAGCAAGCGAAGUGGGGGCGGACUGACGGACGGACGCACGUCUCCUGCUGCUGCUGCUGCUGCUGAAAACAAGCGCUUCUUCGUUCGCAUCUGCAGGGGGAUCGUUCUGACAUCUUUAUCCACUGGGCGUUUCUUUUUUUUUCUUUCUACCUGGCCAAAAAAAAAAACAACCCAAAUCUAAUCGCAACUAAAUAAGGUUGUUUGUUUGUUUUUUAAGAGAAGAAAGGAAAGAAGAAAAAAAACAAGCUCGGGGUGGAAAAUGGAUGUUCUACCCAUGUGCAGCAUCUUUCAAGAACUUCAGAUAGUUCACGACACGGGCUAUUUCUCCGCCUUGCCGUCGCUGGAGGAGUACUGGCAGCAGACAUGUUUGGAGUUGGAGCGCUACCUGCAGAGCGAGCCCUACGUCUCCACGUCGGACCUCAAGUUCACCGGCCAGGAGGACCUCUGGAGCAAGCUGAUCUUGGCCUGCGGGGAUAAGGCCAAGGCCGAGUGCGACCCGAAGCUGCCCGCGGCCCACGAGGAGGACAAUCAGGACAGCCAAAUCUUGGACACCAACAGUGUGAAUUCAGACGCCUGCAGCGAGGCCUCGGACAGUUCUGAGGAGCUCUCGCCCACGCACAGCUUUACCUCCAACCCUCUGGGCUCUGUCUUGGUUGGCUCUGGACCUUUUAGCCCCUCCAUCAUUAGCACUCCCCCGUCCUCGCCGGAGGCCAACUCCGAGCCCGGCGCCGUGACGAACGGCUGGGUCUCCACGCACGUCGACUUGCACUUGCCGGUCAAAAUUCGGAGCGGCGUGGCGGCAAAGAGUUCGGACAAGACGGGACUCGCCUGCGGGGACGCGUCGCCAGACGGCAGGAGGCGAAUACACAGGUGUAACUUCAACGGGUGUCGCAAGGUUUACACGAAGAGCUCCCACCUCAAAGCACACCAGCGCACUCAUACUGGUGAGAAGCCGUACAGGUGUUCGUGGGAGGGCUGCGAGUGGCGUUUUGCACGAAGCGACGAGUUGACCAGACACUUCAGGAAGCACACUGGGGCAAAGCCAUUUAAAUGCAGUCACUGUGACAGAUGUUUCUCCAGGUCCGAUCAUCUGGCCCUUCACAUGAAGAGGCACAUCUAGAGCAGGGGCGCGCACCAACCGAGCAAUGCAGCGAAGGGGUGAACGUUUUUGAAAAGAAGAAAACGAACGCCGUCUCCCGACUUGUCUCUUGGUUGAACUGUCCCAGAGCAGAGUAGCGGGAGUGUGUUCCAGCCAAAGCAUGCCGUUUUGCACCAUACUGAAACCCAGUGCCUCCGGGACCUCUCUUUGGAGAAAAGGCGCUCUGAAGGUUGUCUGUUGCAACAAGAGGACAAAAUCGUGGAUGGGGAAGAAUUUGUUUUCAUUGAGAAGGACUUAACACAAAAAAAGACACACACACACACAAAAAAAAAGAUAAAAGACACGCGAACAGAGUGAAUGAUUUGUAUGUAUGGUGCAUGAUGUUUUGGGGACAUCUCCCGGACAGCAGAUACACUGGUACUUUAAAAAACUGUCUGAGGUAAAAGCAUGUGUGCACUGUGAAUGUCUGAGAUUGGCCGACCGGCCCACCGUAGAAAUGGAGGAGGAGCGAGAAUUCUUUGGGAGAAGGGACAGAUUGAUUGAUUGAUGGAUGGAUGGAUGGAUGGAUGGAUGGAUGGAUGGAGCGGGGCCGGUACCAAUGUUGCUGUGGACUGAAUGGGCUUCCGGGGGAAACAUUCCCAUCGUGUUUCCACGGUGGCGCUGUGAGGAUGAGGCAGGGAGGAAGUUCCUGCCUGUCUGACUGUCUGGCACCCAGACUUGGGGGAGGAGGAGGAGGAGGAGGAGGAGGUGGGGGGGGAUCUCCAAAGCUUUGGAGGCCUUGGGUUUGACAGGGUUGACUUGUCACCGUCUGGUCUGUGACCCGGGACCAAAACUCCCCCCCCCCCCCGGUCACUGUAUGACAGGAGCUUUUUUUGGUGUUUUUGGUGCAGCUACUAAAUGUGCAAUGUGUUAUGUAGCCUGGUUUAUUAUUUUUUUUACAAGCUACAAAGCUCAUUUGUAGUCCAAUUGUAUAAGCUGUGUGCUUAGAGGUAUAACACAACUAUACUAUAACUUCAGUAUCAUAGACAGGUGUUGCAUGGUUCUAGGGUUUGUUCAUUUCCUGUUUCCACUGUAAUCAGGACUGCAAAUAGUUUCCAAUAAAAAGUGCAGCUAAAAAUGCGAACGGUUAAAUGUUACAAUAUUGUACAUAACGCCUUGAUAACGAUUGAUGAUUUCCUCUUUAUUUUUACAACAUCAUCAUCAUUUCCCUUCAUUCAUUCUGGCUUUUCAUCCGGCUGCAGACUUCACCGCUGCUCGCUCGUCUUCUCAUUCAUCCUAUGCCUUGAGGACUAAUGUUGCUUUUUUUUGUACUUUCUUUUCUAUCUAAUAAUGCACUGUUGACCUUAAUGGUGCCUUAUGCAAGUGACUCAGCCCCGUGGUAGCGGUUGUUUUGCUCCCCUCGGGAAGUCACAUUUGUUGUAUGGGUGAUUUGACAAGCUUGAUUAAGGCUCAAUUACAAAUUAACUGGCACCUCCUUUGUGUUUAAUGGAAGCUGCCUGCGUCUAUUCCCAUGGUUAAUUGUGUUGUUAAAAUGUAAAAUGUUCAGAAAAAGUACCUUUUCUUUCUCUCUCUGAUUUUCCCAGAGAAACCAGUUAAGUCGAUGUAUAUCACAUUCAAUGGAGACAGAACCUGUAAAUAAGGCAAAAUGUAUGUUUAGAGCACUUAAAUUCAUUUAUUAAAGCUCACAACUACUGUGUAGUUUGUACUCAAGUCCAUCACGCUCUGUUCCAAGGUACAAAAGAUGAGCAAGACAAAAUUGGUUUACCUAUUGCCCUGUAUCCCUCCCCAACGCCACCUCGGGCGCCAUCCUCUCCUCCCCGUCCCCAGUCCGUUCCUCCGUCCCCGCAAGUGGGACUGAAGAAACAGCUAAAGAUUUAUUGUAAUUAACAGGCUGCAGUCAGACAGGCCUCGCCUUGUACUGCCUCUCGGUAAUGAAUUGCUAAAGGCUUUGUUGGCAUGGAAUCUGUCACAGACUGCUGACUGUGUAGGUUGGUUAUUGACCUGUCUGGGGAGCGUUGUUUUAGCCAAGCUGCAACAGUAUUAUGAAAACCACAGGCGCGAGGGGGCGGGGGCUCCGGGGAAGAGAUAAAGAUCAAGCGUUGAUGUUUAACAUGGAAAUUUGGCCCCCAAAAAACAACAAAACACCCAUGACGGUAUCCCCCUAAAUUGUUUUUUUACUGGAGGUGGACAGAUACAGGACAGAAGGUGGCGACCCAAAUAAUUGUAGGGAUUAUGCUUAUUAACCGCUUCCGGGUGAAGUGAUCUGUGCCCACCCGCUCCAGAUCAGCGCCCUUGCUUGCAGGAAUUCGAUUUUGCAGCACGUCGCACCGUGGCAUGCUACAACUUAUGGAUUUCAGAUCAAGCGGGUGAAAGAGACACGAUGAGAACAAACUUGAAACUGCUUGCCGCGAUAGAUCCGGGAGUGCUGGCGAUGCCUUUUGUGGUCAGAGAGGAGGAACAUCCAUUCUGUGAAAACAGGAGCCAAUACUGUUCAAGUGGUAAUUGAGCCUUGAUUUAGCCCCGUGUUUGCUCACAUCUUUUACACUUUCCAUCAUCCUUCUUCAUCCCAUCUCUUCUCACACACACACACACAGCUCUUUGUUCUCAACUGAAUCUUUGUAUAAAAAAAGAAAAAAAAAUCAACUUUUGUAAAAUUGUUAUGUUUUUGCUUUAUGAAAUUUUUAUUUGAAAUUGUUUUGCAAAAUUGUUAUAUUUCUGUAUGAAUGUAUUUUUUAUUGGAAUAAUAAGAAAUUCUUAUCUGACUUUG